UUGAAAUGGUUUACGACUAACUGGAUGUAAAGAGCUAUACUGGUUUCGUGACCAAAGCUAUAACAUUAUUUAAUAUAAAAUAUCGUUGCAGCAAGAACUGUAUCUUGCGAUGCACGUUAAAUGACAUAUAGUUGUAAUGUAACCAUUUAGUUAGAUACAGUAGCUAGCUAACAGUCAGUAGCUACUUCCACACUUGUGCUGGAUCGAUGUAAAAUAUUUGCAGUUCUGCUGGUUUGUGACACAUCGUGCAACUGGGUGCUGAAAAGUACCUCUCUUGGUGAGAUAUAGCAACGGAAGAACUACAGCUGGACGUUUUAGAGAAUUUUUGACUAUUUUCUUCCUACCGGUUAGCCAAUAUAACGUUAUUUGGCAAACGGAUGCUGCUGCCACCUGCUAGCUAACGUUAGCAAUUGCUUGCAGUUAGCUAUUUUCCACUGCAAAUUGGUGACAUGGCCAUGACAUGCUGUUAGCUACUGUAAUCACAGCUGUCAUUUGAAUGUCCACGUUUCCAUGUCAAUGAGAAGCAGCUAUAGUUUGCUAGAGACUCUGGAAUUUGGUCUCGCACUGUUGGCCACCGAGUGCCCGUCCACGCAAGCUAGCUGAUUUGUUGCUACUAUUACUACUUGUCAAGAAUAGGAGGCGGUGGCAGUUUUGGUGGAGACAUUUCUGCCUCAGCUUUAUAGCGAUAACUGCCGAGGUGAAAUACCGCAGUUCAUGUUUCGACAAGAAGUCAGUGUACUGUCUUUUAUUCCGUCUUGUUCCUACCUUUUCCAACACGAGAAGAGGAAUAUGUCUAGAUAUAACAUUUACAGUCUUUUAGACUGGUUGUAUGGCGGCGUGGACCCAAAGUUUGAAGGCAACGGGGGCCCAGAAUGUGCCGCCUUUCUUGCACCGCAACAACGUAUCAGCGAGAGUUUUGUCAUGGUUCUUAUUUCCACCGUGGAAGUUGUCGUCGCGCUGAGAAAAAUCAACAUUUGUAAAGAACUCAAAGAGAUUGCGAAAGAUGGGCCAAGGACGAAACAGGACAGUUUCGGCAAGAACCUGUUGCUGGUUGCUCUGUGUAUGACGUUUGGAGUAGAGGUCGGAUUCAAAUUCGCCACCAAGACAGUGAUAUACCUACUGAAUCCUUGUCAUGUUAUGACCAUGGUGCAGAUCUUCCUGCUGGCCUGUCCGCCAUGUAAAACAGCCAUGGUCAUCUUUAGGCUUCAGGUCCAUAUGCUGAACGGUGCUUUACUGGCCCUCGUCUUCCCUGUGGUCAACACUAGACUGCUUCCGUUUGAGAAGGAGGUCUACUACAUUCAGCAUUCCAUGCUCUACCUGGUGCCGGUAUACCUCUUCAGGAAAGGAGGUGUGUACAAGCCGGAGCCCUUAGGGGACAUGUGGUGGGCUAUCCUCUCCACUGGCAUCUUGUUCCUCUAUCACUUCCUGUUCCUGCAGGGCCUGGGCCUGAUGACCGAGGUCAACCUGAAUAACAUGUUGUGUCCAGCGGUGUCUGACCCAUUUUACGGGCCUUGGUACCGGGUUUGGGCUGCGGGUCACCAGACCCUGCUGACCCUGGUCCAUGGGAAGGCCCUGACCCUCUUCUCUUACCACACCGGCCCCACCUGCAGGUACCUGCUGGACACCGCCAGACUGCGCAGCAAGGUCGACUGAACAGACCGACAGACAGACUCACACGGACGUAGCCUUUUUAAAUCCAAUGCCUGUUCUUACGUUGGGAUUUUCUAUCAACAUUUUUAAUGCAUCUUGUACCACUUACCUUUUUAUUUUUAUUUUUUUACUGUAAAGAAUUAGGCAUUUCAGGGUAAAUUAAACAAAGUUAUUAUUUUUG